GAAAGGAUUCCUUCCUGUCUUUAGCUUCCUGCGUAGCUCUUCACCGCUGAAGUUUUCCUCCAUGAGGAGAGGCGUUUGAAUAGAGGAAACCGAGUACUAUCAGCUUCACCACAUGGAACAAACUUUAGGACAACCAACGGACACUUUUCGGACUCUAUGAUUCGACCAAAAACAACGAUAUUUAUACUUCCACCGCCAAAUUGUGAAACAUGCAGGACCCAAACAGACCUCAGCGUAAAAUGUCAACAGCAGGAGACAGCUUGUACAAACUCCUGGGGCUGGAGAAAGGAGCAUCUCCAGAAGAAAUAAAGAAGGCAUACAGGAAACUUGCGUUAAGGCAUCACCCCGAUAAGAACCCAGACAACCCAGAAGCUGCUGACACAUUCAAAGAGAUCAACAAUGCCAACUCCAUCCUCAGUGAUGAGAACAAACGGAAGAUCUACGACGAGUAUGGAUCCAUGGGCCUCUAUGUGGCCGAGCAGUUUGGGGACGAGAGUGUCAAAUACUACUUCCUUAUGUCCAAGUGCUGGUUCAAGACCCUUGUGGUGUGCUGCUGUUUUUUCACCGGCUGCUGCUGUUGCUGCUGCUGCUGUUUCUGCUGUGGGAAGUGUAAAAAGCCCGCAGACGAGGAAGACUUUACCUAUAUGGACCCAGAGGACCUUGAGGCAGAGAUCAGAGAUCAGAAUACAGCAGGUGACCAUGUUAUAGUUAUUCAGCCGAGCCCUGGCCCUUCAGAAAAUGGCGUCCCUCCAUCAGCAGGAGACCGUGUUAGAGUUAUUCAGCCGAGCCCUGGCACCUCAGAUAAUGGCGUUACCCCAUCAGGUCAGAAUGCACCCAUUGUGAUUCAACCUCAUUCAACUAACAGCACCUUGGAAACCAAAAGAGAGGAGUCCUGAUAAAUCCACGACGCCAUCAGCUUUACAUUGAUCUUUUUGAAAGAUGAUGAGGUAUACAUGUUGGGUUUGAAUGUGGCAGACAUGCAGAAAACAUGCGUUUGCUUAAAAUUAAAUAAGCAACGAUUUAAGUAGUGCCAUAUUCUCUCUAGUGCCAGUGGGUUUGUCUGUCUAGGUUUGUCCAAUCUAUUUAUUUUUUAAACUUUUUUAAAUAUGGGGUGUUAUCUGGACUGCAUUACAGUGACAUGACAAGCCAUGCAAGUCAAAGCUCUGGAGUAUUUUUUAUUUUUUUUUUCAUGUGCACUUUAACAUCACCAUGUUUAAAAUCCUGAAGCUGCCACGACGGUCGGAGAUAUUUUUUUAAAUGCAACUUAAAAGCAUGAUUAUUAAAAAGCCAACCACUCUGAGAUUUAAGUUUCACCCUGCACAUAAUGUAGAAAUAAAUAAAGGGCUUAUUGAAAUGAUGUACAGAAUAUUGUGAUUAAACCAAACUAUGUAUUUAAAAUGUUUGGAUGUCCAAUUAUGUAUUUAACAAUUUGUAAAUAGCACAAUAAGAAUAAAUAAAGUGCUUCUGACAGGCAUUACAGGGAUAAUUCAACAUCUUGUGUGAAACGCUUAGUCACUAUCUGUCUGACGGUUAGAUGACAUUUCAACUUUUCACAUCAUUUGACAACUCCAGAUUGGUUGUCUGAUUGUUAAGUUGGCCGUGUGGACCUGGCAUCACGUUUGAAGCUAGAGCCAGGAGAUGAUUAGUCCAGCUUAGCAUAAAGAUUGGAAGCAGAAAAAGCUAGCCUGUUUUGAAAGACAAAAAAAAAAUCCAGCUCUGAUGCUAACUUUUUGUUCUCACUGUAAGGUUUUCAACGUGUGUUGUAGUUGCACCACAAAGGUACUGGGCGCAUAGAUACGUUAUUUGCUAAGAAAUAAUUCCUUUAGAACCACAGUUAGAUCAGUAUAAAAUGUCACAUGUAUGUGGUGUGUUUGAGGUUUUCAUAGGCAGAUUUAGUUACCUUUCGACAGCUAGCAGUUCCUCCCUGUUUCCGGUCUUCAUGCCAAGCUAGAGUCAUUGCCUCUUGGCAGCUCCAUAUUAACAAAACAAAGACAUGAGGGGUGUCAAUCCUCUCAUUAAACGCUCGUAAAGAAAGCGACUUAGCGUAUUGCCCAAUAUAUUGAAGUAGUUCUUACUAGUACUUCUAGAUAUUGGUAGCACUGUUGGUCAGUUCACUGUACCUGCACAUAAGGUGACCUCAAGAAAAAACACAAGGGGGUGAAUACCUGUUAAGGUACUGAUAAAGCUCCCACAAAUUAACAGGUAUUUUCUGAAAAACACUUUUCCUACAUUUGACGCUUAAUCUAACUUCACUCGACAUCGAGAUGACUUAUUAGAUUUAUUGCUGAUAAUUUCUCAGAUGUGUCAAGGCCUUUUAAAGACAAUGAUCUCUCUGGUGUGUGUGAGGUGAUUUAUGGCCGCUGUGUGCCAUGAAAUACGGGAAUCAUGUUUUCUGUGUAAAUGCACAAGUAUAUUUUUGAUUGGAAGUUUUAUGACAAAUUGUGUCUAUUAAUAUAAUGCCAUAAAGUAUGUCAUCUUUUAUGUUUGUAUUACUUUUUUCUUUCUUUUUUUUUAGCUCUGCUGGGUGUAGGAAUGUUGGGUUUGUGCAUUUGGUACAAAUCUAAAUAGUAGGUGUGCUUAUGUUUAGCAUUUUGUAUGUUUUUCUCGGUUGACUUUUACAGACACAGUGUUUAAAUAAAGAUCCCAGAAACAAUCCCAGAAAUGUAUUUAAAAGUCAGUUUUGUGUACUUGAGGACUGAACAAAAGUGACAGAAAACAUUUUAGUUGGAUUGUUUUAUAUUUUUCCCUUAAGGUUCGAAUUAUUGAUUAAACAAAAAAAAUGUAUAUUUUAUCAUGUCAAUAUUUAGUUUUUUUUCCCAAUUCUUUCAACUUUUCCAUGGUGGUUUCUGUAGAUUGUAUGGUUUAUUGAUCAAAUAAACUUUGAGACUG